AUGAGUGAAAGUCAAAAAAGAGAGGUAUGCUACUUGAGGUGUGUCAUUAAAUCGGGAACACUAGUGAUCGAAUGGUCUAUUAUCACACCAUCCACCUGGGACUGGAUUGGGCUCUUCAAAGAUAAAAACACGGAAAAUAGGAAUUGGCUCAAUGGCCAUUGGUUCUACAUUGGAAAUCAUGGUAAUCGCACAACUCUACCUGAUGGACGACAUGUUUACACUGGUAGACAUUGGAUUGGAACAGUUUCUGGACAAAAUCAAAUAAGACUUAAUACAUAUGAGUCUCGCGGAGUGUUUAAGACUUAUGCAUACGCUAAUGUACUUAAUCCUGAUUUCGCAAAUUUUAAUAAGACUCGUGUACACUAUAUUGACAAAGGAUUACAACAUUUAUUUUCCAACCACAAACUCGAUUGGGGAUUCAACGCAGAUGACAACUGGAAUAUGCAGAACAGAGAAAGACUCCUGAAGACCCUUCAAGAAUUUGUUGACAGAAAUACAAACAAUGUCAAUGUUUACAUUGGAACUUAUAAGGCUCAAAAUGCAUAUCUCGUAGUUGACCCCGAAUCAUACCAAUGUCUCAUAGUUCACCGUGGUGGAAAGAAGGAUUAUUUCUUAUGGUCCGGAUGGAAAUUAAGCAGCAAACAAUAUGGCUAUGUAACACGACCACCAUAUAAAUUAGAUGCAAUCGUACUCAUGGUAUUUGAAGAUAUCCUUGAACAAAUUGCUAAUUCUGAAGGUGAAAGAGUUGACUUGAUUCACCUAUUUUUAAGUAUAUUUAAAAAUGACAAAACCUUGUAUGAUGAUGAAGUGUAUCAUAAACUUAGUGAGUUCUUUGUUUUAGCUGAAAGUUAUAUUCCGUUUUCAUUUGAAGGGAGGGAUGAAAUAACCCCAGAUGAUGAUGAUUAUGAACUGGAUUUUGAUAAGAUUAGAAAAAAGGCGGGAAAGAUUUUAGGUGAACUUGAAAAAAUCACUUUAUAA